GGAGAGGGAAGCCGGGAUCUCACCGGCAGGCGCGGGGCGCGGGGGCUUCGGGCAGACGCUGCUACCCGGCGCGGUGACUCAUCUGAGGGUGGCUGAAGGCUGGGAGGGGGGAGCCGGGAGCGAGAGGAUGUGUUGGGUUAUUAAUUGCGCGAGUUGGCCUGCGUUGGUGCCUCCGCAGUCUUGUCGCUGCUUGGGGAGAGAAGAGAGUUGGUAGGGAGAACUGGGGGCCGCCGCGCAGUUCACUGUGUCAGGAUAAAGACUUGCGUUACGUGGGAAGGGUCAGAAAUGGCAUCGAAAGAAACGGAGGUGUCGCCUGUGUGGGUCACCUGCGGGCAUUUUCUUGCCUGGACUCUGCUGAGGCGGUUCCCGGCCUGAGGUACCUAAAUCAUCAGGUGCCUGGUGAUUUAGGAACGCCAAAGGCUAUUGACAGAGCCCCAACUUCUAAGGAAUAAGAAGUGUACCCUUCUUUUUGCUUCUUCAGAACUGAUGUAUGGCUGGUUUUUUUUUUUUGGGGGGGGGGGCGCCGCACCCAGCAGUACUCAGGGCUUACUCCUGACUCUGCACUCAGGAAUCAUACCUGAGGGGUCUGGGGGGCUUUAUGUGGUGCCAGGGGUCUAACCCAGGUCAGCCUCAUGUAAGCCCAGUGUCCUACCUACAGUACUAUGACUCUGGCCUCCAGAUCUGAUUUACACAUAAAUAACCCUGAGGAGAUUGCCCUCUGCUCCUGGCUCUGCCCUUACCAACAAGUUCCCUCCUCCUUCCCUUCCUUCCUCCCUCUCUCCUCACCUCCUCUGUCCUUCCUUCCCUCCCCUCCUCCCUUCCUUUUACAUUGGUUCAGGCCAGAGUAAGACUGCCCUUUAGCCUAAUGUAGAAUAAAGUUCUUUUUUCUUUCGUAAUAAACUAUUGGGGGAGAGGGGGAAGAGGAAAAGAACACAGAAAACAAGGGAGUGACUUUGGAACACCACAUUAAACCCAAGCUUCUCCCAGAGGAAUCAGUAGACGCCCUCCAUGAGAAACUGCCUGUCCCAUUUGCUGCUGGAGUGAAUGGUGUUUUCUGCUGGCUGACUCAGGGGCAUGCCAGCACUAGCGGGAUGAGUGGGCGCUCCGGCGGGGAUGUGGUCAUUGCCGGCCAGUGAGGGCGAGAGCGCCACAGCCCACUUCUUUCUUGGAGCUGGAGAUGAGGGCCUGGACACCCGUGGAAUAGGCAUGAGGACAGACGAGAGUGACAGCGAACUCCUUGAGGAAGAUGAAGUGCCCCCUGAACCACAGAUCAUUGUUGGCAUCUGCGCCAUGACCAAGAAAUCCAAGUCCAAGCCAAUGACCCAAAUUCUAGAGCGACUCUGCCGAUUUGACUACCUGACUGUUAUUAUCCUUGGAGAAGAUGUCAUCCUCAAUGAGCCUGUGGAAAACUGGCCAUCCUGCCACUGCCUCAUCUCUUUUCACUCCAAAGGCUUUCCUCUGGACAAAGCUGUUGCUUACUCUAAGCUUCGAAACCCCUUUCUUAUCAAUGACCUGGCUAUGCAGUAUUACAUCCAGGACAGGAGGGAGGUGUACCGGAUCCUGCAGGAGGAGGGUAUUGAUCUGCCUCGAUAUGCUGUACUCAACCGUGACCCUGCCCGACCUGAAGAGUGUAACCUGAUAGAAGGUGAAGACCAGGUAGAGGUGAAUGGAGCUGUCUUUCCCAAGCCCUUUGUGGAGAAGCCCGUGAGUGCUGAGGACCACAAUGUUUACAUCUAUUACCCCAGCUCAGCUGGAGGAGGAAGCCAGCGUCUCUUCCGUAAGAUUGGUAGCCGGAGCAGUGUUUACUCUCCUGAGAGCAGCGUCCGAAAGACAGGAUCGUACAUCUAUGAAGAAUUUAUGCCAACAGACGGCACCGAUGUCAAGGUGUAUACAGUGGGGCCCGAUUAUGCCCAUGCUGAAGCCAGAAAGUCUCCUGCUUUGGAUGGGAAGGUUGAACGAGACAGUGAAGGAAAAGAGAUUAGAUAUCCAGUUAUGCUGACUGCCAUGGAAAAACUGGUGGCCAGGAAAGUCUGCGUGGCUUUUAAGCAAACAGUUUGUGGAUUUGACCUUCUUCGUGCCAAUGGUCACUCCUUUGUGUGUGAUGUCAAUGGCUUCAGUUUUGUCAAGAACUCUAUGAAAUACUAUGAUGACUGUGCCAAGAUUCUGGGGAACACCAUCAUGCGGGAGCUUGCCCCACAGUUCCAGAUCCCGUGGUCUAUCCCCACAGAGGCUGAGGACAUCCCCAUUGUUCCUACCACGUCUGGCACUAUGAUGGAACUUCGUUGUGUCAUCGCCAUUAUCCGUCAUGGGGAUCGUACCCCCAAGCAGAAGAUGAAGAUGGAAGUGACCCACCCCAGGUUCUUUAGUUUAUUUGAAAAACAUGGAGGCUACAAGACAGGGAAAUUAAAACUGAAGCGGCCUGAGCAGCUACAGGAGGUGCUGGACAUCACAAGGCUGCUUUUAGCUGAACUGGAGAAAGAACCAAGUGGUGAGAUUGAAGAGAAGACUGGAAAACUAGAACAGUUAAAGUCCGUGCUGGAAAUGUAUGGCCAUUUCUCAGGCAUCAACCGGAAGGUGCAGUUGACUUACUAUCCUCAUGGAGUGAAAGCUUCAAAUGAGAGACAAGAUUUGCAGGGGGAAACUCUGGCUCCAUCGCUUUUGCUGGUACUGAAGUGGGGUGGAGAACUGACUCCUGCUGGUCGGGUGCAGGCUGAGGAGCUGGGGCGAGCUUUUCGCUGCAUGUACCCUGGAGGACAGGGUGACUAUGCAGGUUUCCCCGGCUGUGGAUUGCUGCGUCUCCACAGCACUUUCCGCCAUGAUCUCAAGAUCUAUGCCUCUGAUGAGGGACGGGUCCAGAUGACUGCUGCUGCCUUUGCCAAGGGUCUUCUGGCUUUAGAAGGGGAGCUGACACCCAUUUUGGUACAAAUGGUGAAAAGUGCCAACAUGAAUGGGCUCCUGGACAGUGAUGGUGACUCCUUGAGCAGCUGCCAGCAUCGGGUGAAGGCUCGGCUCCACCAUAUUUUGCAGCAGGAUUCAACUUUUGGCCCUGAGGAUUAUGAUCAGCUGGCUCCCACUGGAAGUACAUCCCUGCUCAACUCUAUGGCUGUCAUUCAGAAUCCUGUGAAGGUCUGUGAUCAGGUAUUUGCCCUGAUUGAAAACCUCACCCACCAGAUCCGGGAGCGGAUGCAGGACCCCAGGUCGGUAGACCUGCAACUCUAUCACAGUGAAACACUAGAGCUAAUGCUCCAGCGUUGGAGCAAGUUAGAACGUGACUUUCGGCAGAAGAGUGGACGCUAUGAUAUCAGUAAGAUCCCUGACAUCUAUGACUGUGUCAAGUAUGAUGUGCAGCACAAUGGAAGUCUGGCGCUUCAAGGCACAGCAGAGUUGCUCCGUCUCUCCAAAGCACUAGCCGAUGUGGUUAUUCCCCAGGAGUACGGGAUCAGUCGGGAAGAGAAACUGGAAAUUGCUGUGGGCUUCUGUCUUCCACUGUUGCGAAAGAUACUACUUGACCUACAAAGAACCCACGAGGAUGAGUCUGUCAACAAGCUGCAUCCCCUGUACUCCCGAGGAGUGCUAUCUCCAGGUCGCCACGUUCGAACGAGACUGUAUUUCACCAGUGAAAGCCACGUUCACUCCCUCCUCAGUGUCUUCCGUUAUGGGGGACUUCUUGAUGAGACCAAGGAUGCACAGUGGCAGCGGGCAUUGGCAUAUCUUAGUGCCAUUUCAGAACUCAACUACAUGACGCAGAUUGUUAUCAUGCUUUAUGAGGACAACACACGGGAUCCCUUCUCAGAGGAGCGGUUCCAUGUGGAGCUGCACUUCAGCCCUGGUGUGAAAGGUGUGGAAGAAGAAGGCAGCGCGCCCACUGGCUAUGGGUUCCGUCCAGCCUCUUCUGAGAAUGUGGAGAUGAAAACAGACCAAGGCAGCAUGGAGAACCUGUGUCCAGGGAAGGCACCCGAUGAGGCCGACCGGGCAUUGCAGACGUCACCCCAGCCCCCUGAAGGCCCUGGCCUCCCCAGGAGAUCGCCCCUCAUUCGUAACAGAAAAGCCGGCUCCAUGGAGGUCAUGAACAUGCAGUGCACGGGGAACCUGGACCUGAUCCCCUUACGGGGACGGCGCCGCAGGAGGUCAGGAGACCUCCCCCGGCCUUCCCCAACCAUCGGCCUACAGCCCCGAGCUGUGUCCACCACUCACCUGGCGUCCUGCACACAGGUGCUCUCUGAGACUUCAUCCUCAAGACCCGGUGGCUACCGGCUCUUUUCAUCCUCACGCCCACCGACAGAGAUGAAGCAGAGUGGCCUUGGCUCACAGUGCACAGGGCUGUUCAGCACCACAGUGCUGGGCGGCUCCUCCAGUGCCCCGAAUCUUCAGGACUACGCCCGCAGCCAUGGCAAAAAACUACCACCUGCCAGUCUGAAGCACCGAGAUGAGCUCUUGUUUGUCCCGGCCGUAAAACGAUUUUCUGUGUCGUUUGCAAAGCAUCCGACUAACGAGCUGCUGGAUGACCAGCACCCUGUGGUCCAGUUGCUGCGCAGUUUUUCCUCUGACUGCUCAGGGGGCCGGCCAGUCUCCUUGGAUGCCACGCUGGCGCAUCACCUGCACCAGUGCUCCUACCACCUGCGCCUCUUCCGGAACUGGCUGCGCUCAGGCCAGGAUGACCCCGAGUGCCUCUACGGAUUUGAAGGAUGCUCCAUGGUGCCUACCAUCUACCCGCUGGAAACGCUGCAUAAUGCUCUGUCCCUUCGUCAAGUGAGUGAAUUCUUGAGUAGAGUCUGCCAGCGCCAUACUGAUGUCCAAGUACAGGCAUCUGCAGCCCUCUUUGAUUCUAUGCGCAGCAACCAGGUCUCAGAUAACCCAUUUUCCCCACCCCGUACUCUUCAUUCACCUACCCUACAACUCCGGCAGCGCUCUGAGAAGCCCCCUUGGUACAGCAGUGGCCCUUCCAGCACUGUGUCCAGUGCAGGUCCUUCCUCUCCUACUGCAGUGGAUGGUAACUGCCAGUUUGGCUUUAGCGAUCAAUACUCCCUAAGUUCACAAGUGACUGAAGGAAGUCAAGGUCUUGGGCUGCUCCAGAAGAGCCCUGGAAAUGGGGCACAAGAACUUCCUAUAGAAGGUAGACAGGAACCUUUCAAACCAAACCAGUUCCCACAGGAACCACUUGCAGAAACCGGCCAGCCAUGUCAGGAUAUCCCUGAAGAGGACAGUCAGCUGUGCCAACAGAUGCCUGACUGUAGCCCGCCGUGCCCAGAGAACCAAGACAAUAUGAACCAGUCAUGUCAAGAGGUCCCUCAAAUCAGCCUGCUAUGCCAGAAAGUCUCUGAGGAAGCUUGCCAGCUUUGCCAGAAGAGCUCUCUGGAGACCAGCCAGCCAUGUCAGGAGGGGCCUGUGGAGGCUGCCAGACUUGUUCCUAGGUUCCCUGAAGGGGCUAAUGUCUUAGCCCAGGAAAUCCUCCUAGAAGUUGACAAACCCACACAAGAAAUGCCCAAGAAAUCCAGCCAGUCAUGCCGGGAGUUCUCUGUGGAAGUUGGGAGGUUGAUCCAAGAGGCUUCUGUGAUCAGUUUGUCUCAGAACACCCCUGAAGUUGAGAAACCAUCCAGAGAGUUCCCCAGGGAAGGUGACCUGCAGGUCCAUGAGGUGUCUGAGGAGGUUCAUCCCACUUUCCGAGCCGUCCCUAAAGUGAUUGGCCCACUGCCUACACAGAGUGUGCCCCAAACUCAGUGUCUGUCGAGUGAUUCAAGUCCCCAGAGCCAGUCUCCUACACAUGACCAGCACUCACCCUUCCCACCAGCAACACAUGAGUAAUCGUUUCCUCACUAGUGGUGUCACAAUAUACCAGCUAUUUGAGCUAGCAACUUUUUCUGUUGCCUAACUCACCUGCCAACAACAGACCUUGGGUCUCACCAGAGAUGUCUGAGGAAAGGAGCCCUCUUGGCAUCAUGCAUACCAGGCCAGCAUUGGGCCUGGGGAGGAGCCAAUCUCAUGUUCAAAAGAGUCAUUGAGUCCUCACCUAACUCUUAGACCUGACUUAAAUAUUUUUCUCAUGGCUGGACUGGCCUGUCAUUACCAGUCUUCUCAGCAUCCCAGGAGAUGCCACUUAACUGCUGAAGAUACUAUCAGGACAGCAAGAGCAAAGUGGGACUCUAAGAUCUCCAUUUUUCUAAGGAAAUAUUCAGACUUCUCAAGGUACCCUUAG